AUGAAACUUUCGAUCGCCAUAUUAUCAUCGAUCCUGCUUGCUUUCUCGGUCACUGUUGCCAAUCCAGUUCUUGACAGUUCGACUACAAGUACUGCAACUACCACUUCGUCAGCAUAUCCUAGUGCGACUGAAACGAGCGGGACUAGUCAUUCAACUCUUUUGGAUCCGUAUAGUCUAUAUAUGGAUCAUUGCUAUCCAAUUAGUUUCAGUGUAUUAGGAAUGAUCGAACUACUUGCAUCAAAUGCACAUAAACUUGAAGAACUAUCGCAAGAUAUUGAAAACAAAAGGGCUAGAUUUGGCAAACAAAAGAAAGUGAUCGAUGAACUCAAGGAAAAACUUGGCAAUUUAAAGAGUGACCCUUCGAGCAGUAAAUCAGAGAUUGCCAAACUCGAAUCUACGCUUACUAACCGCAAUAAAGCUUCCAAGAAACUUUGGAUAGAUUUAGGUAUACUCUUCAAGAAACAUUCAGCAAUAUGUCAGGAAAUUACCAAGUUACGAAGGCAACUUAAAGACUAUUUUAGGAGACAUCAUCCAAUUGAAACAAUGAAUACUGGUGGUGGACCAUAUCUAAAUAGAUACCCUGUAUUUACAAGUUGCUUUAAUUAUUACUACAGUCGCUCACCACAAUGA